AUGUCGAAUACUCGUUAUGGUCAUCACUGGCCAUCCAGUACUUCUAGCAGUAGGGAUCGGUCGAAUCGUCGUGAAAGAUUCAAUAUUUCAUCACGGACGACUCAAGAUUUAAAUCGUUCACAGCAUACACCAGUGAAUCGCACUGCUCACGUGAUUAGACAAUAUGACAAAAGAAAGCGGGAUGAUUCUACUACCAGAGGUUCAGGGCAGUCAUCAACUUCUAACAAUUAUUUUCCACAACGUAAUAUCAAUAAUCAUAAUCUCCAGGCUACAACAUCAACGCCUACGAAUAGUUAUAGUAAUACACGUUCGUUUCAGAGACCCUACUCAGUUGCUACCAAUUCAACAAAUACAAACGCAGCAACUGAAAAUUCAUCAACUAAACAACGAUGUCCGCCGUCUAUUACAUUUGAGACACUGACAAAGUUACGCUCGAAAAAUCCCAAUGAGAUUCUUGCCGAAAUGCUUCAUCCUGACUUUCAAUUACGAAGAUUUCUGAAUGAUAAUCGUAUGCAAAGAAGAUAUGAUUGGAUAAAUUCAAUGACAAUUUUACUUGAAAAAAUUGCACAAUGUAUAGAAUCACGUGAACGUAUUGUCAUGAUUUUUGGACAAAUAUCUCAAUCGCGAUACCUUGAAGGUGUUUAUGAUGAAAUUGGUGAAACAGAUUUGACAACUAAUCAAUUACGUUUUACUUUUAUUCAAUCAUUUCUUAAAGUGUCCAACGUAUUUCUAUCUAUGAUACCUCAUUCGGCAGGUGGUUUAACGAAAAUAUUUGAACGCAUCGAGUUAUUAUUUACUAAAAUUGAAAUCAAAUCACCUGAGUAUGAAGAAACGAAAGCAAUACUUGACGAAGUACUUGAACGCAUGAAGGAAAUAAAAGAUCGCCAACAACCAAAGAAACAAAAAACUAAUCAUAAUAUGGACUAUGAAGAUAAGAAUCCACCACCAGAUGAUUAUCGUCAAUUGAACAUCGUUCCUGAUGUAAAAGAAAUUUUAUCAGGAACAGCAACGUAUCUCCGAAAAAAUAUUGUCGAUGGUGUUUAUGAUAAUCCUCGCCAGUAUCUUGAUAUUCAUUUUCGUCUUCUGCGUGAAGAUUUUCUUGGUCCAUUACGUGACGGCAUUGACCAAUAUUUACAUAAUGUCGAAGGCAAAAAUUUCAACGUACGAAUAUAUGAAAAUGUUCGUUCACAUGGUCCACGAUUAACGCCACGAAAUGGUAUCGUGUAUGAUCUGCGUUUGGAUCCUAAGGUGGCAUCAAAAAUAUUUUGGGCUAAUAGUCAAAGAUUAAUGUUUGGCAAUUUACUGGUUCUCAGCUAUAAUCGAUUUAACUCGUGUAUAUUUGCGACUGUUGAAGAUCGAUCAAAUAUUGAAACGAACUUUACUAUAUCGGUCAAAGUAUUGGAACGAAUUAAUAGGACUGAGCAAACAGAAGGUGAUCUUGAUGAGAUUGCCUUUUCACAUGUAUUAACAAUGGUUGAAACGACGACGUAUUUUGAAGCUUAUCGUCCAGUUCUCAAAGCGUUACAAUCAAUCGAUAUUACUAAAACAUUUCCUCUUGAACCAUUUUUACUUAAAUUAACUAAUGAAAAAAUUCCACCUGAUUAUAUUCGACGAGAAACAGUUUAUGAUUUCACUCCUCUUCUUGUUGAUCCAGAUUCUCCAGUAAAUUCGACUCUUUCUAAAUUUGAGCGAGUAUCAUUUAGCAUUACAUAUAAACAAUCGAAUCAGGUACCAGCCAAAUAUAAAUCGGUCGCAUUACUUGAUACAAAUCAAUGGCCAACAAGUGAUGAAUUACAUCUUAAUCCAAAGCAACAUGAAGCUUUAAUGCUAGCUUUAACACAGAAAGUGGCACUUAUUCAAGGACAUCUUACGGCGGAGCAAAGGAGAGUAAUAUGUUUCUUUUUAGCGCCAGGAACAGGAAAAACAUAUCUUGGCGUACGUAUUGCUGAAAUGCUUCUACAUAAUCGAUCAGUAUGGUGUCCACCAGGCGCGCAAUCAACACCCAUUCUAAUGAUAUGUCAUACAAAUCAUGCACUUGAUCAAUUUUUAGAAUUAAUUAUAGAACGUCUCAACAUAAAUGACGGUGUUAUUCGUGUUGGUAGUCAAUGUAAAAAUCCAGCUAUUCAAAAAUUUUCAUUACGUAAUGCUCAUCAACGUGCUCGUGAAAAUCGUUCAAUUCCAAGUCAUAUUUAUCAUCAAAGGCAUGUUUUCUUAGAUAGAAAGAAAGACGCUGAAGAAGAAUUAGAAAAUUACCAAAAUGAAAUAGAACAAUCACGCACAGAUAUCAUAUCACUAUCAUCACUUGUCGGUGGAAACAUUAUUGAAAAUAAACACCUAGCAUCCUUACGAGCUCCCUAUCCUGGCAUCAAUAAUGAAACAGUAUUAUUCGACUGGCUUGGUAUUAUUCCUAAAUAUAAGUUAAUCGCUGUAGAUCAGACCAACGUAAUGGACUUCGAAUCACCGAUGCCGAAUAUAAAUACGAUUGAAUGUAACCAAAAAAUAACAUCCGAUAGCUAUCAGUCAUCAAUCGAUGAAGAAUAUAUUAACGAAGAAGAGGAAGAAGAACAACGUCGACGUGGUGAAAUUGAUAUUGAUGAUGAUGACAACGAGUUUACGAUGCGUAGCAAAAGAAAAUCAGAAUCUACAAACGUAAAAAUAUCUAGAAGAAAUGACGGUAAUAGUAUUCGCGAAAGACAAUGGAAUCAUGCUCAAAGAGAAGCUGAUCAUCGUGAUCGAUCAAUAAAAUUUAUCAUACAAAAUCCAACAACAUUGGAUGAUCAAACAGUUAAACAAAUACGUAGUGAUCUUUGGAAACUUUCAAUGAUGGACCGUUAUGAUUUAUAUCGUUAUUGGCUUUUAAAAUAUCAACAAUAUUUACAUAAUUCGGUUCUUGAACCUAGAAUUUUAUACAGUGAAGCGGUAUCUGCACUUGCCGAAAAGAGUGACUCAGAUUAUUAUAUUUUAAAAGAUAGUCUGAUAGUGGCGAUGACAACAACAUGUGCAGCAAAAUAUCAUGACCUGUUGGAAAGGCUUCAGAGUAAAAUUGUUAUUGUUGAAGAAGCAGCUGCAAUUUUUGAAGCACAUAUUAUUACAGCAUUAAGUUCAAAAUGUGAACAUUUGAUUUUAAUCGGUGAUCAUAUACAAUUACGUCCUAGUCCAAGUGUGCAUCGUCUUGCAACGAAAUAUAAUAUGGAUGUGUCAUUAUUUGAACGUCUGAUUAAGAAUAAGUUUCCAAAUGUUCGAUUGAAUAUUCAACAUCGUAUGCGUCCAGAAAUUUCAUGUCUGAUGAAACAUUUCUACGAUGAUUUGGAAGAUCAUAUAAGUGUUAAAGAGAAUCUGCCAUCAAUUCGUGGUGUUGAUAGUAAUAUUUUUUUUAUAAAUCAUUCACAUCCAGAAACAACUGUUGCCGAUGGAAGUUCAAAACGAAAUGAAUACGAAGCAAAUUAUGUUAUUGCUUUAGCACAAUAUUUAAGAAAACAAGAUUAUCCAGCUGAGAAAAUUACUAUUCUUGUUAUGUAUCUUGGUCAACGACAAUUUAUUGCUAAACAAGCGAAAUCUAAUAACCUACUACGUGGUAUUCGUAUAAUGGUAACAGAUAAUUAUCAAGGUGAAGAAAAUGAUAUAAUUAUUUUAUCAUUGGUACGUAGUAGUACGGAUAAGAAAAUAGGCUUUCUUAAAACACCUAAUCGAAUAUGUGUGGCUUUAUCACGUGCACGUUGUGGUCUUUUCGUUAUUGGGAAUAUGAAUUUAUUUGCUGAAGUUGAAGAUAUGUGGAAGAAAAUAGUUAAAUCAUUAGCGGAUACUAAUAAAAUAGGAACAGGUUUAGGACUGUCUUGCCGUCAACAUCCAAAAGAAAAGUACAUAGCUGAUACACCUCAAUCAUUUUUUAAACGAAUAGAAGGUGGUUGCGAUAAACCUUGUGAUAGUCGACUUUUAUGUGGACAUCGAUGCGACUUGAUGUGUCAUAAUUAUGAUGUCGAUCAUAGAGAAAUUGUUUGCUAUAAAAAAUGUCAAGAAUCUUUACCAUGUGGUCAUGCAUGUACCAAACAAUGUCAUACUGCAACAGCAAAUCAACAUGAUUCGUGUCGAGUUAUGGUCGAAAAAGAAAUCUCACCAUGCGGCCAUAAAAUACUUUUUGAAUGUGGUCAAACACCGACUAAUAAUGAUUGCAAGCAGCUAGUUACGGCAUGUCUUCCUUGUGGCCAUAGUGUCAAUGCUCCGUGUCCUAUUGUAACAAGAAAUGAACACAAUUCGUGUCGAUCUAUUGUGGAAAAAAUAAUUUCACCAUGUGGUCAUAACAUACGUUUUGAAUGUGCUCGAACACCGACUAAUGAUGAUUGCAAACAGCUAGUUAUCGCAGAACUUCCUUGUGGUCAUAAAGCCGAUGUUCCAUGUCGCAUCGCUUCAUCACCAUAUAAAUUACAACGCAUCUCUUGCUCGAAUCCUUGCGACACAAUGCUUAGCUGUGAACAUAAAUGUGCUGGAACAUGUAGUACUUGUCAUACUGGUCGGUUGCAUAUUCGAUGUAAAGAAAAAUGUGAACGUUCAUUGAUUUGUUCGCAUGUUUGUAAAGAACCAUGUGCUAUGAAUUGUCCACCGUGUGAACGCGAAUGUGAAACACGUUGUUUUCAUUCACGAUGCAGAAAAAGAUGUGGGGAAUUAUGCUCACCGUGUAAAGAGCCAUGUGCUUAUAAAUGCAAACAUCUUAAAUGUACUCGUUUAUGUUCGGAACCCUGUAAUCGUGGCCCAUGUAAUGAGCCAUGCCGUAAAAAAUUAAAAUGUGGUCAUACCUGCAUUGGUAUUUGUUGUGAACCGUGUCCUCGGGAAUGCCGAAUUUGUGAUAAAAAUAUUGUACAAGAAAUACUGUUUGGUACAGAAGAUGAACCUGACGCCCGUUUUGUUCUAUUACCUGAUUGUAAUCAUAUAAUUGAAGUCACUGCACUUGAUAAAUUCGUUAACGAUUCAUAUAACAAUUCACAGGAAGAUACUGCUAUUCGUUUUCCGGAAUGUCCUCGUUGUAAACAAAAUAUUCGUCGUUGUAUGCGAUAUAUGCCAAUUCUAAAUCGCGUACAUAAUUUAAUUGCGCAAGUUAAAAAGAAAAUCGUAGGCAAUCAAACUAAAAAAGAGAUCAAUGAACGGCGAAUACUUUUAAUAAGAGAUUUCAAACGAACAGAAGCCAAUUGGAAAGAAAUUAGCCUUCGAGAAAACAAGAAAUUUUUCAAUAGAUUAUAUGGUCCUUAUUACUUCUUAAAUGACGGUAUAUUAAUUCGUAUGAAAAAUAUUCUUACAUUUCUGAAUGAAAUUGAUAAACUUUUAAUUGAUGGACGUAAGGCAUUGUCAACAAUUGUAUUCGAAAAUAUACUCAGGCCACCUUUGAAUCAUAUUAUUAAUUAUUUAUUUGCACAACCACAAAAUCGAAAUUUCGCCGAACAGCAAAUAAAGGAUAUUGAAGCUGAAUUAAUACGUUUUCGUCGAGUAAUUUACUACGAAGCUCUUUUGAAAUUUAUAAAUGAAAAUUCAAAAUGUACUCUAAAACCUGAUGAACAAAGUUCGCUUGAUACUCUGAAGCAUCUUAUAGAAAAAAGAGGACGUUUUACUGACGUAGAUAAAGAAAAAUUUGAUAGUCUCAUUAAAACAUUAGAGAAUCUAUAUAAUUUACCUGGCUUGGGUAUAACUGAAAAUGAACGAGUAGCAAUCGUUGCUGCAUUAAAUUUAAAAAAAGGUCAUUGGUAUGUUUGCCCGAAAGGUCAUCCAUACGUGAUUACUGAAUGUGGUGGUGCCAAUCAAGAAAGUCAUUGUCCUGAAUGUAGAGAAAAAAUCGGUGGUCAAAAACAUCAAUUAUUACCAACGAAUCGUCAUUUUGACUUAAUGGAUAAUUCACAAUAUGCAGCUUGGUCAGACCAAGCUAAUUUAAAUUUUAUUCCACGAAAUAUUUGA